UCACGUGACGGCUCAGCUCGACAACCAGGAAGUGAGAGGGCGGUGCUUUGAUGGGCUGGUGGGUUGAUAAAAAAUAAGCAUCCACCAUGACAGCCAUCAAGCACGCUCUCCAGAGGGACAUCUUCACGCCCAACGAUGAGCGUCUCCUCGGGAUAGUAAACGUCUGCAAGGCAGGAAAGAAAAAGAAAAACUGCUUCCUGUGCGCCACAGUCACCACGGAAAGGCCUGUACAAGUUAAAGUGGUUAAAGUGAAAAAAUCUGACAAAGGCGACUUCUACAAGAGGCAGCAGGCGUGGGAACUCCGAGACCUGACAGUAGUGGAUGCUAAAGAUGCAAGCAAGGAGAAUCCUGAGUUUGAUCUCCAUUUCGAGAAGGUCUACAAGUGGUUGGCUAGCAGCACAGCAGAGAAGAACUCCUUCAUUUCCUGUAUUUGGAAGCUGAACCAGCGUUAUCUGAGGAAGAAGCUGGAGUUUGUCAAUGUCAGUUCUCAGCUUCUUGAAGAACUUCCUAAAGCGGAAGAGUCGGUGCCGAGCGGUGAGAGUCAGAGCGUUGCAGGCGGUGACGAAGAUGCCCUGGAAGAGUACCAGGAGCUCAGCGCGCGUGAGGAGCAGGACAUCGAGAGCAUGAUGGAGAUGUGCGAGUUUGCCGUCUCCAACGCGGAAGCUUUCGCAGAGAAGCUCUUUAAGGAGCUGCAGGUUUUAGACGGGGCCAACAUUCAGUCCAUCAUGGCAUCGGAGAAGCAGGUGAACAUCCUGAUGCAGCUCCUGGACGAGGCUCUGGCCGAGGUUGACACCAUCGAGGGGAAGCUGAGCAGCUACGAGGAGAUGCUGCAGAGCGUCAAGGACCAGAUGGACCAGAUCUCUCAGAGCAACCGCCUCAUUCAGAUUAGCAACACCAACAACGGCAAGCUGCUGGACGAGAUCCAGUUUUUAGUGAACUACAUGGACUUGUCAAAGGGACACAUCAGGGCCUUGCAGGAGGGAGACCUGACCUCGCCUAGAGGUAUAGAGGCGUGCAUCAGUGCCUCUGAAGCUCUGCUGCAGUGCAUGAAUGUGGCUCUACGGCCAGGCCAUGAGCAGCUGGCGGCCGUUAACCAGCAGCAGAAGCUGUUCGCUGAGCUGAGAGAUACUUUUGCUCGUCGCCUCACCAAUCAUCUCAAUAAUGUGUUUGUUCACCAGGGGCACGAUCAGAGCUCCACCUUGUCUCAGAACACGGCAGAACUGACCCUGCCCAAACACAGCCCCCUCCACAGGGACCUGCUACGCUACGCCAAGCUGAUGGAGUGGCUGAAGAACACCCACAGGGAGAAGUACGAAGGCCUGUCGAGGACUUAUGUCGAUUACAUGAACCGACUGUAUGAGAGGGAAAUCAAAGACUUCUUCGAAGUUGCCAAAAUAAAGAUGGCGGGUACAUCCAAGGAAGCAAAGGGCAAGUUUGCCACGCUUCCUCGGAAAGAGAGUGCGCUCAAACAGGAAACGGAAAGCCUGCAUGGCAGCUCUGGGAAGCUUACAGGCUCCACCUCCAGCCUGAACAAGCUGACUGUUCAGGGCUCCAACAGCCGCCGAUCUCAGUCUUCCUCCCUGCUGGACAUGGGCAACAUGUCUGCCUCCGACAUGGAUGUGGCCGACAGGACCAAGUUUGAUAAGAUAUUUGAGCAGGUCCUCAGUGAGCUGGAGCCUCUGUGUCUCGCAGAACAAGACUUCAUCAGCAAGUUCUUUAAACUGCAGCAGCACCAGACCGUUUUGCCGCCUCUCGCACAGCCUGAAACAGAAGAGGCGGAUGGAAGCGUCCCGUCAAGAAUGCCUCCUCAGGCUGACCACCGACACUCCUUAUCAUCUGAGAAAGACAUGGUUCGGCUGAUGAUGAAUAAAAUCUUCCAGAGCAUCGAACCCGAACUCAACAGCCUGAUCGCCCUGGGCGACAAGAUCGACAGCUUCCACUCACUGUACAUGCUGGUGAAGAUGAGUCACCACGUGUGGACAGCUGAGAACGUUGAUCCAGCCUCUUUCCUCAGCACCACCCUGGGAAAUGUGCUGGUCACCGUAAAGAGGAACUUUGACAAAUGCAUUUCAGGUCAGAUUAAACAGAUGGAAGAAGUGAAGAUUUCGAAGAAAAGCAAAGUUGGGAUCCUGCCUUUUGUCACAAGAUUCGAGGAGUUUGCAGAACUGGCUGAGACGAUCUUCCGUAACGCAGAGCGCAGAGGGGACCUGGAUAAAGCCUAUGUGAAGCUGAUCAGAGCUGUUUUCAUGAAUGUGGAGAAAGUUGCCAGCGAAAGCCAGAAAACGCCCCGGGACGUCGUCAUGAUGGAAAACUUCCACCACAUCUUUUCUACGUUAUCGCGCCUAAAGAUUUCCUGCCUGGACGCAGAGAGACGCGAGGCCAAGCACAAAUACACAGACCACCUGCAGUCUUAUGUAAUCAACUCCCUUGGUCAGCCACUGGAGAAGCUCAAUCAUUUCUUUGAAGGGGUGGAGGCACGUGUGGCUCAGGGCGUACGUGAGGAGGAGGUGAGCUACCAGCUGGCUUUCAACAAACAGGAGCUGCGCAAGGUCAUCAAAGAGUAUCCCGGUAAGGAGGUGAAAAAGGGUCUGGACAACCUUUACAAAAAGGUGGACAAACAUCUGUGUGAGGAAGAAAGUUUGCUGCAGGUGGUGUGGCACUCCAUGCAAGAUGAGUUUAUCCGUCAGUAUAAGCACUUUGAAGGUUUGAUAGGGAGGUGUUAUCCUGGUUCUGGGAUCACCAUGGAGUUCACCAUCCAAGACAUGUUGGAGUAUUUCUCCAGCAUUGCCCAGUCCCAUUAGUUUGCCUGCUGAAAACUGUUCUCUGAUGAUUCACUACUGCCUCGCUUUGGCUGAAUAUUCAUUAACUAUUGUGCUUGAAGUAUGAACAUUUCAUGUGAGUGACUGUUUUAUUAAAAGUGAGUUGCACGAUGAGCGGUUACGCAGAUAUUGCAGCACUACUUGUGUGCCUGUAUGUUCCUUAAGCAGUUCUUCCAUACACACUAAAUUGUUUGUCACAUUUUUAUUUCACCAUGCAAUAUGUACAAAAUAAAUUUGCACUUGAAGCUUCCCUGAAA